AUGGCAUCUCGAAGAAGUUCCAGGCUUCGGAUUCGACAGGAAAUUGAACCGGCUGAUCCGAUGCCAGCUCGAGACCUCAGGGUUCAUCCAACGGAGCGCAAAGCUUCAGCAUCCAAAGUAGACGCCUUGUUUCCCCCGCCCAAGGCAAAGCAAGCCAAAGCUCCAGGUCCCAAGGCCCAGGCUGGCAGUAGGCCAAGGAACACCAGUGAUUCGGCAGUUCAGCCCGUCCCCUCGGCCCUUCCACAGGAAAUAAUCGACCUGAUCCUGGACCAGAUAACUGAUCCAUCUAUCAUUGGCAAAAUGGCUCGCACCUGCAAGAAGUAUUACUCCAUCAUGAUGCCCCGCUUGCACCAACGUGUCGCCGUCAUCGCCGGGUUUCGCGUAGACAUCCAGAAGCUUAUCCAGUCCAUUGAACCCUACCUCUCCAGGUCGCAAUUGAGGAUCUUGAGGAAGGAGAAGGGUAAAUACAGUUGCCGGCAAAAAAAGUUUUCCCCUUAUCUUGCCGAGCACCAAGUGCCUCCGUGUGCCUCCUUUGUUCGACAAAUGAUCGUCGGCGAGCGCGAUCCCGACCGCAAGCACGAGCACAUUAUUCACGCUUACCUCAAUGAGGCCCUCAAGAAUCUGAGAAAUCUACAGAUUGUAGAAACGAUGCCAAUGACCAAGUCGAUUGCCCAGAACCUAGCGAUAAUGGAGUAUCUACAGGCUCUGAGCAUCGACUUGAGCAGGCUCGAUUAUGGUGCUAGGCCCUUUCUCAGGAAAAUAAAGAAUCUGAAGCAUCUCAGCGUGAAAGACGAUUCCUCCUACCUCCUAGACAACUUCAGCGAGCCUGAUCUCAUCCCUCAAAUAAUCGUCAACUCAAGAGCCACACUCCGCAGCUUGAUUUUUAUCAAAGGACGCUCUGACGGCAUGCCUGCACCAACGACGCCCGCAACAGGCCAUGAAUUCCCUAGCCUCAAGUCUCUAUCCUUCGGAAGAACCGAAUCCGAUAACGCCUUCUCCAAGUGGUUGCAACGUUCGAUCGAUUUCAUGCGCCUGCGUGAGCUGUACCACGAAUCCCUGGGCGAUGAUCAAGCCUCGUUCUUCGACCAUCUUGCCACUCUGGCCGCUUCCAAGGCCUCUUCGGAAAUAGCCCUCCGAACCUUCUUUGUGGAUCUAUCAAGCAAAUUCACUCGCAUGCCCCAGUCAAAUCAAUUGCGCAUCGAUGCUCAGAUCCGCUUCCUCUCCUCGUUUGACACACUGACCUCCCUGGAGCUGUAUGCCUACAACCAACCCUGGACCAAUGCCCCAAGCGGCAUCCCCAAGACCCUUCUGGACGCGACCCUGAAGCAUAAAAGCCUCAAGAGUUUCAAAAUAUCUUAUGUUGACAUUGAUUGUGGUUUCAGCAACAUUCUCUAUAUCUCUGCAACAAAUCUCACCACUAUUCUAGACGGAUUGCCUCUGCUGGAAGAAAUUCAAUUUGCGCCAGAAAGGGAUGAGCUUGACGAAAUCGGGCGCGCCUUCGUUCGUGGUGCCAACUUGAAAUCCAUCACCUACUUCCCGGUUGGCUCACUGGGACUUCUUAACGUGGAAUCGUUAAGUGAGGAGGCUUUGAAGAGCAUUUUACGGGCUUCCCUGUCCCACAAUGCAGAUGCCAGCAACAGCGAGGGGAAGUUCGUUUGGGAGGACCACACUAAGCUCCGCGAGAUCUCGGUAAACCUCAAAGCAUGGCAGGUCAGUUCGAAUUUCGUCGGCAGGGCUCCCGGGGGCGCCAAGAAGCCAAGGAUGUUCACAAGGGCGGGCCGGGGAGUCAUGUGUCGUGACGUGUCCUGCACAGAGGCGAUCGAGAUCAACCGUGUCUUUGAUCCUAGGUACCGGUGGGUUGAGAAAGUAGCGAGAGACAUGCAUUGA